AUAGAAAUUUUUAUUAAAUUUAGUUUUUAUUAAAAAAUAAACUUCUAAAAUGGACAAUUGCGUAAUUUGUUUGGAAUCUGAUGACGACAUCUAUUCCCGUAUAACCACACAAUCCAGUGAAUGGAUUGAAGGAAAAAUACAACGAAUAAUUGAAAAACAUUUAUGGUGGUGGUAUAUAAAGCCAGAAUCUCCGAGUAAUGGUUUAGUUCGAUGGAUCUGUCGUCAGUGUUGGCAAGAAAUAUCAACAUUUCAUAGCUUUUACUGUAAAGUAGAAAUGGUGCACAGACAAUAUCAACCUAUUCUGGCCACCUUGGAGCAAUCAAAUUUUGCAGAGGAACUAGGGGCUACUAUUAUUAAGAACGAGAUUGAAAAUACAGAUGAAUUGGAGCUGCUGAAAGAGUCACGUAAGGUUACGUCUCGGAAACAACAGAAAACUAUAGAAAAUAUUGAACAGAAAGAUAUUUGCUUGAUGGAGAUGAAAAGUGAAUUUUGUUUUGAUAUAAAUGAAGGUGACGACAAGCAGAAUGAUGACGAAGCCUAUGAUGUUAAUGAACUAGUUGAUGCAUUAGAUUUACAAGACUUUGAAGGUGAUAAAGAUGACUGGUUGGAAUUAGAGAGUGAUGAAGACAAGCCACUUAUAAACAAAGCUAGAAAAACAAAAUGCCAGAAGACAAAACGAAAAAUAAAAACUGAAUGUUUAGAGAAAAAAUCAAGAGCAAAUAAACCUGCGAAGAGAAAAGAUACCACUAUUUGUAAAGUAGAUCAGAUUGAUACAUUUUUUAAAGACAGUGAACAUAAACUAGAAUGUUGUAUUUGUGACGUAGCACUGGCAGAUUUCCGUUCGCUUAAAAUGCACUAUCGUAAUGAACACAAUACCCAGGGUUAUGCCAUGUGUUGUGAUAAAAAGUAUUUUAAACGUUGUUUGCUUGUCGAUCAUCUAAGAGUACAUACAGAUCCGAAUUUCUUUAAAUGUCAAUCGUGUGAGAAAAAAUUUGCCACACGACGUGGCCUGGAAUUGCAUUUGGAGUCACAUAAAUCACGUGACAGAAAAUAUAACUGUGAUGAAUGUGGUAAAUCAUAUUUCAAACUACACAUAUUCGAACGCCACAAAUUAACGCAUGUACCGGAGAGCGAAAGAAAUUUCAAUUGUACACAAUGCGACAAAAAAUUUGCUUCCGAUUACAUACGGCGACAGCAUGAAGACUCAACGCACGCCAAGAAAUAUGCCAAAAUUUGCGAUAUAUGUGGAAAAUCCUUUUGCCAUAGUUAUUCAUUUUUACGUCAUAUGGAAGAGCAUGCUGGAGCACCGCCUUCUUUAGAGACCUGUGAAAUAUGCGGCGUUAAAUUAACCAACAAAUAUGGCCUGAGGCAACACAUGAAAAUGCGCCAUCUGGAAGAAAAUCUUCAGGAGCAGAUAUGUCCCUAUUGUUCAAGAGUUUCGCCAAACCUCAAUGCUCAUCGUAUGCACAUAAAGUACACGCACACUAUGCAGCGCAAACAUGCCUGUCAUUUGUGCGACAAGGCCUUCCGGCGUCCUCUAGAAUUAAAGGAACACUUGAGUACUCAUACCGGUGAGGCGUUAUACACAUGUCCUCAUUGUCCCCGUACAUUUAUAUCAAAUGCCAAUAUGCAUAAACAUAGAAAAAUUGCCCAUCGUCAAGAAUGGGAAGAUACCCGUUUGAAGAAGUUGAAUGAAAGGGGAAGAAAAACGGUGACAAUUUCAGCGGCCAUUGGUAACAAUAUAUUAGAUAUACAGAAUAGUCCGGAAAAUUUAAUGGUUAUGGCAGCAGAGCCUGUUAUGGAAGCAAAUGUGUUAAAUUUUUAAAAUAAAA